GGUGGUGUUCUUCUGUGGGUUCUGCGACUUUUUCUCAAUGGCUGUAUUUCAAGGCAAAUGGAUCAAGUUGGAGCAGAAGGGGUUAGGACCUGGGGAAAGAAGUUCCCACGCCAUCGCAGUAGUAGGACAGAAGGCUUACGUGUUCGGGGGUGAGCACUCGCCACGUGUCCCAGUGGACAACAAAGUCCACGUCUUCGACCUACAAGACCUAACCUGGUCUAUUGCCAAUGCCACCGGUGACAUCCCUCCGCCACGUGUCGGUGUCACUAUGUCUGCUGUGGGUGACACGAUCUACGUCUUCGGUGGUAGGGACGCCAAGCACACCGAACUCAGCGAGCUCUACUCUUUCGACACGUGUACCAAUGAGUGGACCCUCCUCUCUAGUGGGGACGCCGGGCCCGAACACCGCAGCUACCAUUCCAUGAUCGCCGAUGAUAGCCAUGUGUACGUCUUCGGUGGCUGCGGUGUUGCCGGCCGCUUAAACGACCUCUGGGCGUUCGAAGUCAAGGACCACAAGUGGGUCAAGUUUCCGGUUCCCGGGGACUCUUGCCCUGGUAGAGGUGGGCCUGGUUUGGCGGUGUGUGGUGGGAAGAUCUGGGUCGUUUAUGGAUUCGCCGGGAAAGAGGCGGACGAUGUACAUUGUUUUGACUUGGUCAAAGGGGAAUGGUCCCAAGUAGAAACGACAGGUGAGAAGCCCACGGCUAGGAGCGUGUUUUCAACGGCUGUGAUUGGACAAUCCAUAUUUAUCUAUGGUGGAGAGGUGGACCCUAGUGAUCUGGGGCACAUGGGAGCUGGGAUGUUUUCGGAUGAGCCUUACACGUUGGACACGGAGACGAAGAUGUGGAGCCGAUGGGAGGAUGUGUCAAAUUCAAAGGAGCAUCCGGGGCCACGUGGAUGGUGUGCAUUUUCUGCGGGAAAGCGAGAUGGGAAGGAGGGAUUGUUAGUGUACGGCGGAAACUCACCUAGUAACGAUAGGCUCGGUGAUAUUUUCUUCUUUACUCCUUGUUUGGAAUGAUGCAAGUGAGAAGCUACCAACUCUCUGACGGUGUGAUAUUAUCGG